AAGUGUAAGUGGCAUUAAUGGCCGUUGUCCACACGUCAGCCUCACAUAGUCCUCUUGCGCUUUACGGCUACCAUGAGUUUAUCUCCUCUCUCCUUCUGCCCGCCGGAGUUUCGCACCAACCGACGGAUCUCCGCCGCGCCUGUUUCUCCGACAAAACGCCUUUGCAUUUCCUUAGCAAGUGCUUCCUCCACUUCGCAACCUGAAAAACCAGAAAUCGAGCUAGAAUUCCUCGGGCCUAAUCCGGGAGAUGCAGUGAACAGAACCACAGCUAUUAGCGGUGAGAAGCUGCUUAGGAACAUAAUGUUGGAUAACAAGAUUGAGCUCUACGCCGUAUAUGGAAAGUUGAUGAAUUGUGGGGGAGGUGGAAGCUGUGGAACUUGUAUCGUGGAGAUUAUCAAUGGAAAGGAUCUCUUGAACGAGAGAACAAAUACAGAGCUUCGGUAUCUCAAAAAGAAACCGGAGUCUUGGAGAUUAGCCUGCCAAACAAUUGUCGGAAACAAAGAGAACAGUGGAAAGGUUGUUGUUCAAAGGUUGCCUCAGAGGAAAAAAUGACGGCAAACCCGAUAAUGAAAUGAGGGGAAAUUAGCCAUUGUAAGAGCCUCAGGCAAGUUCUUAGCAAUUUGGAACACUUGUAGUUGAUCUCUAUCUCUCACUUUUUGUCACUCGUGUACUUACUUUCACAUUUAAUCAACAAUUUUUGGGUUUAUGAAAUUGUUUCUCAAUAUUAUGAUGAAUAGACAUUUUCUUGUUUGUA